UUCAUUCACUUCCGUUUGCAUUUGCGGCAAGCGAUAUUUUCGUGGGAAGUGGUGAGAUGACCUGUUUCAAAAACCCGAACAAUUAACAUUAUCCAGAAAGAAGAGUCCCAUCUGGCAGAACAAGGGAAAGAAGAAGAAGAAUUGAACAUCGUAAUUUUGAGAUUAGUUUGUUGUAUUUGUUCCAUCCAUGGCUAUCUCUACAUUCUUAAGCCGGCCCAUUUCUUCUUUCAAUGCUAUCACUUGGCCAUCUCUCUGUUUUUUCAAAUCCAUGUACCACCAGUUCAAACUUGAUCAUCCUUCUUUGGGCGUCAAGUGUUGCUCGUCUCACAUUGACCAAUCUCCAGACCACAUGAAUGGCAGGCAACCUGAGUUAGCUCAUAUAGCUCCUUUUGGUGUCACGAUGACAAAUAAUCGAACAUCUAAACCAUCAUAUAGAUGGCGUAGGGUGCUGCUUAAAGUUAGUGGUGAAGCACUAGCAGGAGAUCAAGCACAAAACAUUGAUCCCAAGAUCACAAUGGCCAUUGCGACGGAGGUGGCAGCUGUCACUCGACUUGGCAUUGAGGUUGCAAUAGUUGUUGGUGGAGGUAAUAUUUUUCGUGGAUCCUCCUGGGCUGGAAGUAGUGGACUGGAUCGUUCAUCUGCUGAUUAUAUUGGGAUGUUGGCAACUGUUAUGAAUGCAAUAUUCUUACAAGCUACAAUGGAGAGCAUUGGAAUCCCCACAAGAGUCCAGACUGCAUUUAGAAUGUCGGAAGUUGCUGAACCAUAUAUCCGUAGAAGGGCUGUUAGGCAUCUCGAGAAAGGAAGAGUUGUAAUUUUUGCAGCAGGAACUGGGAAUCCCUUCUUCACGACGGACACUGCUGCAGCUCUGCGUUGUGCAGAGAACACUAUAGAUGGCAGUUUCCACGCGGCAUUAGAGGUUGAAAGGGAGAUCUCGGCUUACAAGUCUAAGGGUCACCAACAUUCCUCGGAUUGGCAUGAGGACAAGGAGCACUCAUUCGAUGCCAAUCAACCCAAGACCAAGGCUGUCCAACCCGAGACCAAAGCUGCCCAAAGGUAUCCUCCAAGAGAUGAAGUUAAUGCUGAGGUGGUGUUAAAGGCAACAAACGUUGAUGGAGUCUAUGAUGAUAAUCCUAAGCAUAAUCCUGAUGCUCGUCUUCAGGAUAACCUGACUUACCAUGAUGUUAUUUCGAAAGAGCUCUCGGUGAUGGACCUGACUGCAAUUACUUUGUGCCAAGAGAAUAACAUUCCAGUUGUCGUUUUUAAUCUCAAUAAACCAGGUAACAUUGCUAAAGCUAUUAGAGGAGAGAGGGUUGGCACAUUAAUUGGUGACACAUGGAAUACAGAAGCAGCAGCAUCUAAGAGGGCAAAAAGUCUGUUUUAGCUGCUUUAAGUUGGAUUGAUGUUUGUUGCAUUUCAACACACUCAGAGAGCGCAUUUUGGCAGAUUGUUCCAGCAAAAUUGGAACUCAGUGUGAGGGAAUUAGUGCCCUUUGCCUUCCGAAAGCCAUGGAUUCGAAAAUAUUGAAGAUAAUAAUAUAAUUUCCAGGAAUAAUUUAACAUAAAUGAUGAUAAUGGACACUACUCCCUUGGAAUUUUCAGAGCUUUUAUUGAAGUGCAAAACUAGGUAGCAUAGAGUUGCAUUCUUUGACCUGUAAUGCACAUAUUCAUUCACUCACAGCCGCGGAUUAAUACAUUUAGGACACGUUUGGUAGGAUGUAUUAUUUAAAAUAGUCAUGUAUUAAAAUCUAAUCCAAUCUAAUACAUAGUUUGGUUGCACAACUUAA